UGUUUUUUUUUUUUUUUCAAUCUAUAUAGUUUACCUUUUUGUUUUGUCCGUCUGAAAUUGCAAAAGGUAACUUCGGACCACUCUGUAUAGUGUAUGCUCCUAGGCUAGGAAGACUAUACCUCGUUACCAGUGCACAUUUAUUGGCAGAUGGAAUAAUUGUCCAAAAAGUCCUCCUUUUUUGCGGGUUUUCAUUUUUUGGGUUGGCCGGGGUUCCUUUACGCUUUCCUUUUUUUUUCCCUCAUAUUCUCAUAAAACACUGAAAAUCAGGAUUUUCUUUUCAAACUUUUCUGUUGCUAUCGAUGGAUGCUUUGGCAAUCAGUUCUCAACCCAUUUCAUAUGAUUUUCGGAAAGAAACAUGGAAGCAUACACUCGUGCUUUCGUUUCAAAGCCUUGGUGUUAUAUACGGUCGUUUGAGCACAGCUCCUUUGUAUGUACUCGAAUCAAUUGAUCCAGCGGAUAUAAAAUCGCCAGACGAGAUACAUGAACUCUUCUCGUUUAUUUUUUGGACUCUAACUAUCAUCCCAUUACUCAAGUAUGCUUUUAUUGUGUUGAGAGCUGACGAUGAGGGAGAAGGUGGUCCAUUUUCGUUAUACUCGUUACUAUGUAGGCAUGCCUCGGUGGGUUUGAUUCCUUCAAGUAGAAGUUUAGGCAAGAUUGAGCAUGAUUGUGAAGAAGGCUCUUCCAAAGGAAAACUCGAAACGAAGGCUAGACGAGCUAUAGAAAAACACAAAAGCAGUCACUAUUUACUGCUUGUCCUGGCUUUGCUUGGUGCUUGCAUGAUAUUAUGUGAUGCGGUUCUUACGCCAGCGAUUUCUGUAUUGUCAGCGACGUCAGGUCUUGGUCGCUCAUUUGCGAAAAUCUCUGCUAAAUUUUUAUCUUCAGAUGACACCAAAGAUCAUGUGGCAAAUAUCAUGAAGAAAUAUGUUCCAACUCCUGCUGCAUGUGCCAUUUUAGUUUGCCUCUUCACUUUGCAGCAGCACGGGACAAAGAAAAUCGGGUGCAUAUUUGCUCCAAUAGUCAUCAUAUGGCUUUUCUUCAUUAGUGGGUUCGGUCUUUACAAUAUCAUCCAUUUUGAUACCCAAAUACUGCGCGCAGUCUCGCCACUAUACUUGCUGAGGUUCAUAAAGAAAGCUAAUUUUAGGCACUGGAAGCUACUAAGCAGCAUAGUCUUAUGCAUUGCAGGAUCGGAGGCAAUGUAUGCAGAUCUUGGUCAUUUUUCAAAGAGAUCUAUUAAGGUUACCUUCAUAUGCUUUAUCUAUCCUUUCCUUGUGUUGACUUAUGCCGGUCAAUGUGCAUAUUUCUCCAAUUAUCUUAGCACCCCCGAAGCUGUCCAUCUCAGUGAAUCGAUACCUAAUAAGACCCUUCAGCAUGUAUUUGCCAUUUUGUCGCUGUUUGCUUCAGCCGUUGGGAGUCAAGCGACCAUUACUGCUGGUUUUUCUAUCAUAAACCAGUGUCAAGCCCUCAACUGUUUUCCCAGAGUGAAAGUCGUCCACACUUCGAAAAAAAUACUCGGCCAAGUUUACGUUCCAGAUGCCAAUUGGCUCUUCAUGACUUUGAGCUUAGCAAUCACCAUCGGCUUCCAUGAUGUCGCACAACUUGGAAAAGCAACUGGCCUGGCCAUCACCGGCGGCAUGCUCGUGACGACAUGCCUGAUGUCCCUCGUGAUCGCCCUCUACUGGGAGCACAACCUCCUCUCGUCCCUCUUCUUCCUCCUCCUCUUCGGCUCAAUCGAGACCGCAUACUUCCUCACCACCCUCCUCACGGGCUUCUUCCGCGGCUCGUGGGCCCUCCUCGCCCUCUUCUCCCUCUUCAUCUCCCUCAUGGCCACGUGGCACUACGGCACCCUCAAGAAACACGAGUUCGACCUCCACAGCAAGGUCCCCGUCGAGUGGCUCACCGACCUCUCCCCAAGCCUCGGCAUCUCCCGCGUCCCGGGCAUCGGCUUCGUCUACUCCGAGGUGGAGUCCGGAAUCCCGGCAUUCUUCUCCCAUUUCGUCACCAACUUGCCCGCCUUCCACCGCGUGCUCGUUUUCGUCACCUUCAAAUCUUUCCCCGUGCCGCACGUCCCGGAGGACGGGCGCUACCUCGUCGGGCGCGUGGGCCCGCCCGAGCGCAGGGUUUAUCGGUGCGUCGUGCGGUACGGGUAUCGGGACGGGGUGCGGGACACGGACGAUUUCGAGGACCGGAUUAUAAGCUCGAUUGGGGAAUACGUGGCGAGUGAGGUUGGGACUUUGUCCCCGGUUUUGGAAGUGAGCGAGUCGCGGAAGAGUUUGUUGGUGGGCGGGAAUAAGAGGGUGAGGUUUGUGGUGCCGCGGGAGAGCCCGGAGGUGGGCCCGGCUGCGCGGGAGGAGCUGGAGGAGAUUGUGAUGGCGAGGGAGAGUGGGACUGCGUAUAUCAUGGGGAAGUCGCACGUGCUGCCUAUGAAAGGGUCGAAUCUGUUGAAGAGGUUGUUGAUUAUGGGUUACGUGUUUCUUGAUAAUAAUGCGCGGGAGCCGCGCGUGGCGCUGAAUAUCCCGAAGGCGGCGCUUUUGGAGGUUGGCACGGUUUAUACGAUUUGAUGAAUGUGUGGGGGUAAUUAUAGUCUGACUUGCAUUUCUGUUGCUUUGUUUGAGUGUGCCUGAGCCUGUGAAAAAUUGUACUUUCUUGUCAUGGCUGUGGAAACCAUUUGGAUGGAGUUUUUAACGGGAAAAAUGUAGUUUUAGUACCCUAACUUUAAUGGCUUUUCACUUUGGUACCCUUACUAUCCACAGUUUAUGUACCCUCUUUAUGGCAUGGCCAUCACUUUUGUUACAAACCGUUAAAGUCAACCGUCUUUGACUGACAACUGACCGGUUGAAGCAGGUAGGAAGUUCAUACGAAAAGGAGAAAAUUACCUCUUAUCUUGUGUUGGCAAGAGAACUCGACUUUGAGUUUAAAAAUUUC